UCCCCUUUGCGAUGCCGUAGCCAGUGUUAAUGGCACGAUGGUAGAAAAGGAGAGCUUGGAAUAUAGUAUUUUGUCGGAAACCAGCUUUAAACAGCAUCAGUGCCUCGCUUUGCACUGGAGAGGGCUUGCAGUAGCUCGCGCUGAUGGUCCUAGCCGUGGGAGAAUGUCUCCAAGGGUGGCGACUCUGCUGUCCGGACUGUGGCUGUUCUUGGUUCUGUCUUGUGCUGCUAGGUCGAUGUGGCAAGCCUGUGACAAUGGGAAGCUCUUGCUGGGGAGAGACCUGCCCCUGUCAGUUGUAUGGAGCUGCCCUGUGAUUUCCUGGCCAGAGUCCACUACCCAGAAGAUUCCUAGCAUUGAGACAGACUAUCCCCCACAGCCGAUUGAGCAUGUCUGCAUGGACACACCCAUCACCUACAAUCACACUAUCCCCAACAGUGGUGCUCACCGGACUGUAGGGGCAGAGAGUGGAGAGUACCUGUACUGCCCCCCUCAACGCUGGCUCAACAACCUGCAGUAUGGCGCAACAGUGUUGCUGUACCAUCCGUGUGCUCCUGUUCGUCAGCGUGACCUGCUGUCUGUCCUGGGCCACUGCUGUCUGUCUGACUACAUCAUAACGCCACACCCUGACCUCAGCAAACACAGACCGUUAGCGCUGGUGUCCUGGGGUCGCACUCUGGAGCUGUCCCAGGUGACCACUCCGGAGGUCUGUGAUUGGCUGCAGUUGACAGCGGCACACGGUAACAGUGGCGAUGUGGGUCCAAACAGGAAGUAUAACUUGCUGUUGACCCAUCCUGCGGAUCACAAACACGCAUACCCAAAGAAGUCUCUGAAGCAGUGCUGUGAGGAGACCCUCGCUCUGCUGCUGGAUGGACGGUUGGAGGUGACAGACUGGAGGAGAGGGAGGGUCCGCAAGAGCCGAGCUGCACUCGGGAACGAGGGGAGGGAGAAAGAGAGCCGGACCACCGGGUUGCUGCCUCUAGCAGUCACCAAGACCAACAGGACUACCUUGGACAGACCUGAAGCACAGGGCCCAGCCAUAGUGAGGGCUACACAGAGAGAUACGGACCCUCUAGCAGUCACCAAGACCAACAGGACUACCCUGAACAGACCUGAAGCACAGGGCCCAGCCAUAGUGAGGGCUACACAGAGAGAUACGGACCCUCUAGCAGUCACCAAGACCAACAGGACUACCCUGAACAGACCUGAAGCACAGGGCCCAGCCAUAGUGAGGGCUACACAGAGAGAUACGGACCAAGGACUCAAAGUGACCCAACCUCGCCGCAGAGAAAAUAACACGGAUGACAAAGAGCCCCGAGGGAAAGUGAGAGAAACAGACUGGCUGAACCAGAACGAAGCAGAGGACAAGAGGCAGAGCGGGAAACCGCGAGACAUCCAGGGGAGAGGGGUGAAGAGCAGCAGACGCGAGGGAGGGAGACUGCCCCGUAACUCUCCAACCGAGAGGGAAAAGGCUCUGUCUCAGAGUCGCCGUAAGCAGUUGGCUGUCACACAGGCGAACAGCCAGGACAGGAGAGCAGACUGUGGUGGUAGGGUGGGCCACAGCGAGUGCACUGAGACCGUAGCUCCGCUAGGGAGCGCCGCGGCUGGGCCCGGUGACAGGAUGCUGCCCACUCCGCGGACAGACGAGGCGGUGUGGGCGGCGGCGGCGUUGGGUUUCCUCCUGGUGCUGCUGGCACUCUCCAUGCUGCACACCCGCCUUUACCGCCAGUGGCGCACAACGCCCAGCAUGUACUGGCAUGACCCUAAGCAGGACUACGACAGCGUGGCAGAUGUGAUCCACAGGAGGCUGAAGAUGCCAGGGAGGAGGAAGAGGAGGGUGUCCAAGAGCCGAAGACAGGAAUGUGUCCUCCUACCACCCAGCUCCAGCACAGAGGAGGACGAGUAGAAACAGACAUCUGUUUAUUAUACCCAUCUUGUCUUUAGCCCUGGGAGCAGAAAGGACACUGGGACCUAAAAGCAGGGUACUCCCAUUUGCCUAAUAACACUGCUCUGUUGAAGAAACUGAGCAUUUUAUGCAUUUUUUUUGGAAGGAGACCUCCGAUUCAUCUUCUAUCGCUGGUAGUUAAGGAAUAUUUUAGUAUUUUAACUGUCAUACACCACUCCAUAGUAUAAAACCCCAUUCAAUCAGAUCUCAUUCACAAUCACCACCAAUGAUACCAUUUUACUACACAUUCAAAUGUUCUCGUAGGGGCCGAUUCAGACUUAGGAAACCUACGCCUUUCCUAAGCACUUCCAAGUAGUUGGUAUUCAGGCUUGCAGCAAGAUUUGCGGGUGUGGCGCCAACAAUAAAUGUAAUUCAACCCCAGAAAACACCCACUGGUUGGCCGACAGAAUUGACAAGGGAGUUUUUGUUCAAUACAUUUUCUGUUCAUUUAUCUAAAGUAAUCCCUUUUAAAUAUGUAUUUGGACAGUGAAGCUAACAAUUUUUUAUUUUAGGUCAAAUGUUUCAAUGAGGCAACCUUUUAAUUUGAGGGUAUUUUCAUAUCUGUUUUACCUUUUAGAAAUGACUUCUCCAUUUGAAGUAUUUGGACAAAUACUUGUGUAUUUGUGUAUUAAAGUAGUCAAGUUUUGUAUUUGAUCCCAUAAUCCUUUGCACUCAAUGACCACAUCAAGCUUGUGACCCUACAAGCUCUUAUUGUAGGAAGAGCAUAUUGUAGGAAGAGCAUAAUCAUGAAUGGAUCGUGAAUAAUGAUGAGUGAAUACUAACCUCUCCUGUUAUUGGAAAUGGUGAGAGGUUAGCAUGUUUUGUUGCAGCUUAUGUUACCUUCUCACUCAUCAUUAUUCACCAUUUGUCUUAAUCUUGGCAUUAUCAGGAUUCAUUUGGAAGUGUUCAGAAAGAAAUGUACUCCAGUCAUCCUUCAUUUCCCAUUGGGCAAAAUAUAAUCUGAAACAACAAAAAAACCAAUCUGCAAAUAUAUCCAACAAAUUGUAGAGCCAGAAGCUUGAUGUAGUCACGGAGUUCAAGGAAUAUGUAGCCAAAUACUCAACUUUUGAUGAUUUAACACUAAGUGAAUUCUUCAACAUGGGGGGACGAGAUGAAGUGCUUUCCUUUCUAAAUGUUUAAACAGAUAUGAAAUUACCCUCGAGCUGACAUUCUGUACUGUCACCUCAUGAAUCAUGUGAUCUAAAAUCCUAAAAGCUGGAGCCCAAUGACAAGGUUUAGCUUCACAGUCCAAAUAAAUCUGGAGGGGAGCGUAGUUGCUGUUGUAAGCAAUGGGCUGUCAGUUGCAGUAGUGGGUACGAGUCCAUCAAAUGCUGUUGUGUGAUGGGGGUUAAAUCAUGUUUUGUGAGUUAUUUAAUAUAUGAUGGCUGCAGUGAAUCAAGACAUGGACAGAGAGGAUUUGUAUGUGGAUUAUUGCUUGUCUCCUACUACACAGCCAGUGUACUCCUAUGAAGCUAUUGGUUGGAAGCUAACCGUUUCAACCACAGAAUUAGAGAGAUUCUGUUUCUAUGCUUUGAACAACCACAGGAUAUGAAAACGAUUGAACAUGAUGUUGCUAUGCAUGGUAAUGAAAACAUUUGGGAGCAGCAA